UGUUUGUAAAAUAAAGACCGAUAUCUUGUGGUGACAAUGGAUCAAGGGGCUAGAUCAAGACAAACGGGUGCUACUGGUGCCCGGCCAAAGUUAACGACAUCUGUAAAACAUUAUGACAAACAUCCCAGCCCUAUCUUCAUCGAGCCAAGAGAAAUAGGAACGUUUAGUAUUGACAGCGAAGGAAAGUUUCAUCAUGAUGCCCGGCAGCUGAGAAAUUAUGUUCCUCCGAGAAAUCUAACAGAAUGUAGGUUUGAUCUGACGAGUGGCAUUGAGGAUAGUAUGAUGGAACGAGACGAGACGAACAGCAGAGAGGAGUUUAAAACGUUUCUUCACUGGAUUAUGGAAAACAAGAACAGUUUUCUGAUGGAAAAGCCUGCAAAAACCGACGGUGCUCGCCUAGGAGGCGGGGAUAGCCGAUUCCACAGGUCGGCCCCGGAUUUUGUUUGCACAAGAGGUCUGGUCAGCCGAUUGCUCCGUGUGCCUUAUCAAUACGCCAAUGAAGUUGAGUUGUCCGUCAUCAAGUUCCGAGGCACGUACUUCUUGUGUGAGAUUGAUCAGGUCUCCGCGCCAAUAUACCCCGAGAAAGAGAACAUGUACAAAUGGGGCUGUAGAUUUAAGCAAUAUGUCACUGCAGACAAAGGAAAAGGGAUACCGGAUCUGUCAAGACCCAUCAAAGCAAACGAGCGAUUUUAUUCUGUGGUGCGCUUUCAGUUAGGGCAACAUUCACUAGUGUGCCGAGGACAGGUGGACUGUGAGGAUCCCAGUCGAGAAGAAGGGAAUAGGUACGCGCAGCUUAGGAUUAUAAAGCUCCGAGAAGACAAAAAAGGGAAAGUGAAUUUCCUGAGAUACAAACUGCUCAGGGCGUGGGCACAGGGCGUCUUGGAAGGGGUCCCGGUCUUUGUGUAUGGCUUCUACUCCGAGGAGAACAACGUAAAGGCAAUGGUCAAGUCUGUUCGCAGUUAUGAAGUGAAGGACAUGCCACAGAUGGCGCACCACCCAGACGUGGCGGGACCGUGGAAACCACAUGUCUGUUGGAACUUUCUGGAAGCUUUCCUCGACUUUGUCAAAGCGAACAUCACAGAAGACAGUGAGAACUGGGUCUAUGAGUGCCGUAGAAAGCCCAGAGAAGACAUAGCAUUCGAGAGAAAGAGGAACAGCGAGGAACUGAACUAUCUUCCCGACUGGUUCACCAACUGGGGCGCGUGGGAGGACACGGUAAGAGCUCAAUCACCCGACGCUCACUAA